AUGAGAUUAUUUGAAAGGGUAGUUUAUAAACAGGAGAUUGCGUCUGCAUUCAAAUCCGUGAUCGGACGAGAUCAAUUUGCUUAUAAAGAGGGAACAAAUACUACCGAUGCUCUGAUUAUGUGUUUGCAUCAUUGGCUCAAGUGGCUGGAUGAAGGUGCAGACUCUGUUAGGGUAACAUCAUUUGACUAUAAGAAAGCGUUUGACUCGGUAUCCCAUAACAUUAUUUGUGAAAAAUUGAAAACACUCGAAAUUAAUCCGUAUACUAUAAAUUGGAUUAUUAGUUUUCUGGCCAACAGAAAACAAAGAGUUGUUGUUGAUGGCAUAGAAACUGUUUAUGUUGAUAUCAACAAAGGCGUACCGCAGGGUACGCUUUUGGGUCCCUUUCUAUUUUCGUUGAUGGUUAAUGAUAUAAAACCCAUGGAUGCGCAAAAUAACCUAUUGGUUAAAUUUGCUGACGAUAUAACGACAAGUGCUCCAGUAAAAUCAGGAUCGGAUUCUACUGAGGCUGAGGUGGAAAGCAUUCAGAAUUGGUCGGAAGCAAAUCAAAUGACAUUAAAUCUCUCUAAAACGUGGGAAAUGGUUGUGCACUGUAGGUCCAUGAUACCGUUACCGGCACCAAUUGUAGGCAUUGAACGAAAGAUCUGGUUGAAAUUAUUAGGUGUCACAUUUCAGGAAAAUCCAUGUUGCUGGGAUCUUCAUAUCGAUGAUCUUCUGUCGAAGGCCAGCGGGCGUAUGUACAUAUUGAGAGUGUGUAGAUGCUAUGGUUACUCUGCAGAUCAGCUAAGCAAAUUAUUCGAUUCGCUAAUCAUGUCACUCUUUUACUAUUGCAUUGAAGUGUGGGGCUCUGCACUCCAAAAGAAAUAUUUGGAUCGUAUAGACAAGUUUUUCCGGCGGGCUUAUCGUUAUGGAUAUACGACAAAGAGUAUUAAGAUAACUGAAGUGAUCGAGGAGAGAGACAGAAAAUUAUUCAGCAAAAUCCUAUCGAAUCCAGAACAUGCCCUACAUGAAUUGCUUCCUGUGUGUAAACAAAGGAUCUUAAGACAAAGGGAACAUAACUUUAUUUUACCUCAAAUUAAAACGGAGCGAUUUAAACGAUCCUUUAUAAAUAGAUAUCUUUUUAACUAUUUUUAACUUUUAUAUAAUUAAUUAGGAUAGAUCAAUUUUUUUAACUGUAACAAAUAGGAAUUUGACAUUUGUAAAGUUGCACGUCUGUUGUGACUCUAGACAAUAAAGACUUUAAUAAUAAUAAAUAA